AUGGCUGCAAGCAGAUUGUUCGUCACUCGAUGUGUGCCACCGUCUUCGCCUCAGCUACUGCGAAAUCUUGCCACGUCAAACUUUCAGAUAUCUGUCGACGAGCAGGAUGUCUCCCUUGCAGAAGCGAAACCUUUUAAAAGCAUACCAGGUCCACCAAAAAACAUCCGUAUGACGAUCAAAGCCUUAUACGACAUGAUAGUGCACAGGUCUUUCCAGAAACCAUGGUUGUUAUACAAAGAGUUGCAUGACAAACACGGCGACAUUGUUAACAGUGGUUUUGGGUCUUUUGAAAAUAUUUUACUGCUGGACCCAAAGGACUUUGAGAAAGUACUUAGGGAUGAAGGAAAAUAUCCACGAAGAAUUGACAUUUCCCCAUGGGUAGCAUAUCGAGACUACAGAGGAAAAGCAAAGGGCGUACUGUUAACGGAAAAUCAAGUCUGGAAACGCAAUCGAUUGGCAGUCAGUAAACGAAUGUUACGCCCCAAAGAAGUGGUUGAAUAUGCGCCGACUAUUAAUUCCGUGGUAACCUCCUUUGUAGACAGAAUAGAGAGAAAACGUCUCACAGAUGAAAACUUUGUUGUACAUAGCAUUGAACAAGAUUUGUUCAAGUAUGCCAUGGAUGCUGGUGGGAGUGUGUUAUUGGAUAGUCGACUAAAUCUGCUUGAUGAUAAUCUUCACAUUGAAGAGGAGGAGUUUAUUGAAUCUGUACAUGGUAUCUUCAAGGAUUUGAUGCCAUUGAUGGUGAUUCCGGUGAAAUAUCAUAGGAUACUGAAUACUAAUUAUUGGAAAAGACACACCAAGGCUUGGGAUACCAUAUUUGAUUAUGCAAAGAAAUUGAUUGAUGACAAAAUAAACAGAGUCUACAAGGAACUGAAAAAUGACAAUCAGACAGAGAAAAAGGCAGAUUUUCUGACAUACUUAGUUCAGCAAAACAAAAUAAGUGUGGAAGAAAUAUAUGCUAAUUGUACUGAACUAUUGGCUGCUGCAGUUGAUACAACUUCCAAUACAACGCUAUGGUGUAUUUACAUGCUGGCUAGUAAUCCGGAUGCUCAGGAACGUCUUCACCAAGAAGUGAAGAAAGUUAUUCCCGACAAUGAGAUACCAAUGCCUAAACACAUCGAUCGCAUGCCAUAUUUGAAAAGUGUAGUGAAAGAAACAUUGAGAUUGUACCCGCCAGCCAUAAGUAUAAGUAGAAGAUUAGAUAAGGACAUAGUACUGAGAGGAUAUCGAAUUCCAGCAGGGGUAUGUAAAACAAUAUGA